AUGAUCAUUUUAUGGUUGGUCGGGAUUUCCUUGGCAUAUUCGCAGAAUGUCGAAAAAUCCUUUUUCACGCAUAAUGAGACUAAUUAUCACCAGAAACAAUGCGGAUUCCAUUAUUUGCCAUCAGCUGCCGGAAAAGGUCCAUCAUUUGUUAUAAUGGGAGGAAAACUGGUGAAUGCGAACGAAUAUCCGUUUGCUGUUCACUUAGAUAAUAAUGGAGCGUUCUGCUCUGGUGUACUAAUAUCAAAACACUAUGUGCUGACAGUCGCUCACUGCAUUGUAACCCUGGAAAAUAUUAAACAAAGGAGUCAGAUUUGUAAAGGAGGACACAUUAAACCAGAAAGAAAUGGGAAAAUUUUCAUCGAACCAAAGUCCCUGAAAAUUUAUCCAGGAUCCAGAUGCCCUAAGCCGGAAUUUUGCAAACCUAAGAGAACUGUAUACAAGAGUAUAUCGGCACAUCCUCAUCCAGAAUUUAACCUUUGCAAUCUUGAAAACGAUAUAGCACUAAUUGAACUCGAGGGAGAUGUCUCAGAGGAAGACGGAGCACCCAUCUGUUUGCCGGAGAAGGACGAAAAACUUUCUGGAACCUUAUCCGCGGUCGGGUACGGGUAUGACCCAAUGGCCAAAGAUCCGCUGGCGCCCGCAUUGCGAGUAGUGAGGUUCAAGAAAUACAGUGAGAAGAAUGGUGUAAUUAUCACUAUUGAUCCGAGAAGGGAUUCGUGCAAGGGUGACAGUGGCGGUCCACUGUUUAAGAACAAGAAUGGCUUAUUAACACUGGUUGGAAUCACUUCUCACGGAGGGUCAUGUUUUCUACAAAGCAGAGAAAGAAGAGGCCACUACACUGACGUGCGAAAACACGUUAAUUGGAUUUGUGAAAAUUCAAAUGUUUGCCAUAACAUCGGUGACGAUCGAUCCGGAUCCGAAGAAUACGAGGAUAACGAUGAAACAGAGGACUAG